UUCGUCUAGAUCUGACCGCCUUCCAAUCCACACUUGCACAGCCAGGGCUGGGGCAUAGCCUGAAGUGGCAAACGACAGCCACAACUAAAUAACAGCUUGUGAAAAGGAGCCGAUGGCAAGCGCGUUUCCCGUUCAGAGCGCAUGUGUGGACAUUAUGGACUUACUACUCUUUACUUCAGCCAGUUAGGAGAAUCUGGAAACUUUGCGUCUUGGAAAUCCGCAGGUGCAAGACGAAGGUUACACCUGCUUGGCUACAUAUUGGCUACUAAAUUUCACUAACCCUAUAAACUACUCUUUGUCAGACAUCCUUGCUUGGCCGUUACACUUCUUGACUUGGUUACUGGGUAGGCUACAGGGAACGUGUUUCUUCCUCUACGUCGUGUUUGCGUCCAGCAAUUUCGCUUGUCACGAUGUACCAGUGUCCUGUUGCAGGGUGAAUUAGUUUGUUCAGGUUGUAGGCUACCCUACGUGUUGCACCUCCAGAUGAUAAUCGUCUCUGUAUAGGUGGACCCGCGCGGUCUCCGGGACUCAUUUUAUUCCCAUUUGCUGCCAGGGAAGUAGCAUGGGAAAUCAGGUCGACAAGCUGUCACAUUUAAGUUAUGCUGAAGUUCCGACCACGGAUCCGAAUGGAUUGGACACGGAGGAGGACGGUCCAAGGAUCGGGGUAUCUUAUAUUUUUUCAAAUGAUGAUGACGAGUUGGAGGACAAUGUCGAUGGACCAGACCUGGACCAGAAUCAGGAAGAAAAACACUAUGAUAAGCGCAACGAAGUAGAGUGUGCCAUCUAUAACAGAGACGAAUGUAUUUACGAGAAAAGUGUCAUAGCCAAAGACAUGGAAACGUACUCCCCUGAGAAUUUACUGAACAAAUGCAAAGCAGGGGACCUGCUGGAGUUCGUGGCAACCAGCCAGUAUCCCCAGUGGGUUGUCUACGUCGGGGACUUUCAAGUGGUUCACCUGCACAGGGCGGAGGUGAAGAACAGUUUUCUGACGGAUGCGAGUCAGGGAAGGAGGGGUCGAAUUGUAAACGAUUUCUACAAAUUCAAGCCACUUAGUCCGGAGAUGGUUGUACAGAACGCCAUGGAACAGGUGGGCGCCAAAGACCGGGAACUCAGUUGGAGAAAUUCCGAAUGUUUUGCUGCAUGGUGUAAAUUUGGUAAGCGUGAAUUUAAAAUGGGUGGUGAGAUACGAAUCGGAAAGCAGCCUUAUCGUUUAAAAAUAAUCUUGCCGGAAAAACAGACGCACGUACUCGAAUUCCAGUGUUUGGAAGACCUGAUCAUGGAGAAGAGGAGGAAUGACCAGAUUGGAAAGGUUGCUAUGAUUCAGGAGCUGGCCAACCACCUCAGCAAUGUCGGGAGUAUCAGAAGUGACCCAAACGCACACUGAUGCAGUCAGUAGGCUAGUUAGGGGUGAGCUGUGAUCUUGCCCAUUAAUAAAACCCGUGGAUGAUGUUUUUAAAAUAAUCUUUUUUGAUGAAAAACAGCCGAUGACAAAAUAGGAAAUCUUAAUUUAAACAAAAAGUAGACAAGCUUUGUGAUAAAAGUCUACUCCACAGCCUGAUAAAUUUGAAAUACAUAGAGGAUGAUCCUGUCUGAACUCUACAGUUAUUACAAUCUGCUGUUAAAAAUGUUAAGCAAAGCAAAUAAUGUUUAUUUGGUUUUAUUUAUGUCUCAGUUUCAAGUAGGUUUGAACUAAAAGAUGAUUCAGGUUAUCAGUUAGAGUGUGAGUCAGCAAUAGGCCUUCCUGUUGGUUGUAGUCUGUGGAAGUCUACCAGCAACAGUUCAUUUUCUGUUUAACAUUUUUUCCCACUGCGGCUGUCAGAGUUUCUGUGAAAACCAUGACAAAACCAUCAGGGUAUGAAAUCAAACCACUAGUCUUUUUUCAGGGCAUUUGUAAGCCAAACAAUGUCACAAUAAACCAAGGGAAGCAAAUGA